UUCUUCUUUCUGCAGUUUUUCUCUGUUUUCGCCAAACUUUAUGUCUACGGACUGGAAAUGAACGUGAAAGUUAAUAUUAAUUAAUUAGCAAACAUCGCACGCGACUCCUGACAGAAAGAGCAGGAGCGGAUUUUCCUCUGGAGAGAGCUGAGAAGGAGGGAGGAGUUUCAACAAAGGCCCUUUCCACAUAAAACAUGGAGGCUUGUGCGGAGAAGUCCUGGUGUCCUGCUUCUACCACUCUACAAGCCCUCAGCUGAGACAUCUACCACCAGAUUCUCCUCCUGAAGCCUUCAGAGCAUUGUUACAAAGGGUUUGCUUGUCAGAAAUGCUCAUAUUGAUCCAAUAAUUGUGUGGUUUUAGACCUAGCACUGUGCUCAUUUUUCUUCCUCUGUCUCCGACUCUCACAGUGCUGCCCCUGCCUGCAGUGAACAAAAGAUAAUUACUCAGGAAACAUUUCAGCCAAUCAGGUGCUGCCUUGUAUCUCGCCUGUGAGGUAGGCAACCAGUCAGGAUCUGGCUAACAUCGCUGGGGCCUGAUCGCCUUGCCUGAAGAGCGGAGCCUUCCCCGGCUGAGAGCUGAGAGUGUCCUCCAUGUUUUAUAAGUGUUGACAUAACAUUGUGUCAGGCAGCCAUGCAUCCACAGAGGGUCACGGGGGUGCCCCCAGACAACCAGGCUGCCAUACAGGAGGCAGAGUGAACCAUGGCAAAUCCUUUUCCUUUUUUAAUAUAAUGCAACAGAGAACUGGAUUUACUAAUGGCAGCCAUGUCUCAUCUCUGUUGUGGCAGUCUUGUGGCAGACAACUAUUGGGGGAUGGGCAUCAGGGGUUUGAGGGCACGUGUGAGUGGACUGGCUCUGCUCUGGGUUUUUUGUCUUGUGCCAGGCCAGAGGAAGGUACACAAACAGCAACUUGUGUGCUGAGGACCUGGCAGGGAGGACAGGAAGAACAAAUGUUCUAUGUCUGCAAAAAAACAAAAACAAAAAAAAAAAAAAGAUUUUUGAGACCGACUUACAGUCUGGCUGAGGAGGAGAUAAAGACCGAGUCUGAUGUGGUAGAGGGGAUGGAUGCUUCUGUGCGAUCCAAAGUCCCUGACCCACCAGGGUCAGCAGAACGAUCAACAGCACCACAGAAGCGCAAGGUGACGAGUCCCACCCAUUCCUCCAAUGGACACUCUCCCUCAGAAACCUCCCCCAGCCCCCUGAAGAAAAAGAAGAAGCCAGGGGCUGUGAACUGUAAUAACAAAGACCAGUCAGAGCUAAGACAUGGUCCCUUUUACUAUAUGAAGCAGCCAGCACUCACCACAGACCCUGUUGAUGUUGUACCGCAGGACGGCAGGAAUGACUUCUACUGCUGGCUGUGCCACCGCGAGGGCCAGGUGCUCUGCUGUGAGCUCUGCCCCAGGGUGUACCACGCCAAGUGCCUCAAACUACCAGCCGAGCCCGAGGGCGACUGGUUCUGUCCAGAGUGUGAGAAAAUAACCGUUGCUGAAUGCAUUGAAACCCAGAGCAAGGCGAUGACGAUGCUAACGAUAGACCAGCUCUCCUACCUGCUGAAAUUUGCACUCCAGAAAAUUAAACAGCCUGGGACUGAGCCUUUUCAGAAGCCCGUAUCUUUGGAACAACACCCAGAUUAUGCAGAAUACAUCUUCCACCCAAUGGACUUGAGUACUAUAGAGAAGAAUGUGAAAAAGAAAAUGUACGGUUGCACAGAGGCUUUUCUUGCUGAUAUAAAAUGGAUCUUACACAACUGCAUCAUCUAUAAUGGAGGGAAUCACAAACUAACUGCGACCGCCAAAGUCAUUGUGAAGAUCUGUGAACAUGAGAUGAAUGAGAUUGAGGUGUGUCCAGAGUGCUACCUGUCUUCAUGCCAAAAAAGGGAUAACUGGUUUUGCGAACCAUGCAGUCAGCCCCACCCCCUGGUCUGGGCCAAGCUGAAGGGGUUCCCGUUCUGGCCAGCGAAGGCUCUUCGAGAAAAGGAUGGGCAAGUAGAUGCACGCUUCUUUGGGCAACACGACAGAGCCUGGGUACCGAUCAACAACUGCUACUUGAUGUCCAAAGAGAUCCCGUUCUCUGUAAAGAAAACAAAAAGCAUUUUUAAUAGUGCCAUGCAAGAGAUGGAGGUCUAUGUGGAAAAUAUACGCAAAAAAUUUGGGGUCUUUAACUACGCGCCCUUCCGCACCCCCUACACACCCAACAACCAGCUGCAGAUGCUGCUGGAUCCCUCCAACCCCGGUGCUGGUGCGGUGAAAACCGAGAAACCGGACAAACUACGCUUCAACUUUGACAUAACUGCAUCUCCUAAGAUGAUCCUCAGCAAGAGCUCCACGCCCAGCGCUAUGAGUCGGCGAGCCUCGAUGACAGAAACGCCCCGUUCUCCCAUGAGCACCAACUCCUCGGUUCACACAGGGUCUGAUGGGGAGCAAGACACGGAGAAGGUCACCAGGAAUCCUGCUUUGCACUACAGCACUGGAGAGGAAUCCAUGGACUGUACGGCAUCCCCUGUCUCUGGGAAGGUGGGUCCAGCUGGCAGUGUGACGGGCAGUCCGAAGCCCUUUAACGCUGGACUCGUGCCCAAGCAGGAGAGGACCACAGGAACAGGAGGAAUCCUCAAUCUCAACCUUGAUCGAGUGAAGGCAGAAAUGGAUCUGAAGGAGCUAAGUGAGACUGUGCAGCAGCAGCAGCAGCAACAAGCCGCACCUGCAGCACCUGCUACUCCAAAGAAACACAUCCGGAGUCUGGAUAAGACCAUCGAAAGCUGCAAGGCACAGCUUGGAAUCGAUGAGAUCUCUGAGGAUGCGUAUAAAGAUGUGGAUCACAGUGACUCUGAGGACUCAGAGAAAUCAGAUUCCAGUGAUAGCGAGUAUCCCAGUGACGAAGAACACAAGCCAAAGAGCGCUGCACCGGAUGAUAAGGACAAAGCAGAGAGAAAAAGGCCCAAAGCGAGCACGGAGGGAGAGAAUAAGGAGGGAGGCACAACCACAGGGGACAAGGCCACCUCUGAACCCUUGCUCAAAGAGAAGCAGGGCAGCAAUGGCCCAGAUAGGGAUUUGCAGGACAAGCCCAGGACGCCCCAAUCUCAGCCCCUUGCUGAAAAGCCUAAAUCAUCGGAGGAGGGCAAAGCGGCCACAGCUACAGCAGCGGUGGCUGAGCAAGACUCUGAUUCUGAGAGAGAGCUUGUCAUUGACCUGGGGGAUGAACAUGGAGGUCGUGAGUCAAAGAGGCCAAGAAAAGAGCAAGGGUCCUCCGCUGCCAAACCCACUAAAGACACUAAUGUUGCCAAGUUGGAAGGUAAACUGCCUUCAUCUGCUGCGUCAAGCGCGCCAACACGAGACACUUCCCCCAGCCUUAAAGACUCACUACAGCCCUCUGUCACAGGAGCACUUAACCUUGUUUCUGCUGCAGCACCUGGCCAGCCCAGUGCUACCACAACUACCAGUGGGUCUGCCAGCUCCCCAUCCCCUGUCUCCACAACAACGUCCCCAGUUCUUAUAGCUAUAAAAAAACAGCGCCCACUACUGCCCAAAGAGACGGCUCAGGCUGUGCAGCGGGCGGUUGUUUUAAGUCCAACCAAGUUUCAGACAUCAUCCCAGAAGUGGCACAUGCAGAAGGUUCAGAGGCAGCAGCAGCAGCAGCAGGGAGAGCAGCCGACUGCGCAGAUGCAGACACCGAGUCAGACACACAGCCCACAGCAGCUGCAACAGCAGAACUCCAACUCCUCUUCCUCCAGCACACGCUAUCAGACCAGACAGGCAGUCAAAGUGCAACAGAAAGACCCACCUCAGAGUGCGACGUCAUCAGCAUCUGGACCGGCCACAUCUGGUAGCUCCUCUUUCAUGCCGGGAGACUUGCAAAUCCCUACAGUUUCAGCAGAUGUAGCAGCAGAUAUAGCCAAGUACACGAGCAAAAUUAUGGACACAAUAAAGGGGACAAUGACCGAAAUCUACAACGAUCUUUCUAAAAGCACGUCAGGAAACACAAUUGCAGAGAUACGAAGGCUGAGGAUAGAGAUUGAAAAGCUCCAGUGGUUGCAUCAACAAGAGCUGUCAGAAAUGAAGCACAACUUGGAGUUAACAAUGGCAGAAAUGAGACAGAGUCUGGAGCAGGAAAGAGAACGUUUGGUAGCCGAGGUAAAAAAGCAGACGGAGGUGGAAAAGCAGCAGGCAGUGGAUGAGACCAAAAAGAAACAGUGGUGUGCAAACUGCAGAAAGGAGGCCAUCUUUUACUGCUGCUGGAAUACCAGUUACUGUGAUUACCCCUGCCAACAAGCCCACUGGCCUGAGCACAUGAAGUCCUGCACGCAGUCAGCCACAGCGUCGCAGCAGGAACCAGAGGCAGAGCCUAACUCUGAGCCUUUGGUCAAACCAUCAGGCCACUCUCCCGCCGCCCAGUCACUGCCGUCAGGCACAGGAUCCAUAUCGGACAAAAGCAACUCUCCUACAUACGUUGACAAAAGCAAGGACAGCGCUGGUGUUACUGUGACCUAACUGCUACACUACAGGCACACUGUGUGCCACCUGUGUGGGGCAAGUGGCCUCGAACUUGGUGCUUGAAGGUCUGCACCUUCGUGACAAAUCACUUUAUAUAUUUUUUUCAUUCCCAUUUGUAUAUCUGAUUGGUGUACAGUUUCAUUCUCAGUUUACUUAAACGUGUUUGAGUCAAUUCACCAUGUGAAAGUAGUCUGUGUUGAGAAAGAAAUGUGAGUCUUUAUGUUUUCAUACUGUAGUUUUGUGUUCUGUGUUAGCUCUGUUACCACUUUUAUGCUCAGAGCUAGAUUGUAUGAAACCCACAGCAUAUUUUCUACGAGAUCUCUUUCAAUGCUGCUCUAAAGUAUCUUGCUGCUGUUUUAUGUUGUUGAUUGUUCUCCAUAUUGUGAGACAAAACAUUAGAAACAGCCUUCACCAAUAAAUAUCACACCCUUAUCACAACGCCAUCACAGACGUUUUGACUGGAAGUUUUGUUAGUAGUUUAUACCACGUUUGUUUUGAGUCAACCAAAGUGUUGUAAGGUAAAACAGGCUUAAAGAUUACAUUUCAGUCCACCCCGUCUGUUCUAUGUUAGUGAUGGUAUUUGUUUCAUACCAGUUUUGUAUUGCAGGUCUAUGUUGUAUAGUUGCAAAAAUAUGAUUUAUUGAAAAGACUAAAACAUUUAAAAAUGUACAUAAUUUUUCUAAGAAGAUACCUGAACAAUAUUUAUAGUGUUACAUGUUUUUAUAGUAUGUUUAUCGCAAUCACAUUUCUAUGUGUUUAAAAGAGUUAUUUGAAAGUAAACUUCUUCACAUGAAUGUCAGCUCCGAGUGAAGUCUUUGUGUAGCAAGAAACCCAAAGCUGAUGUAAAUCCAGGUCAAACUGUCCAAGAACUGAGUAGGCAGAAACAGCUUUUUGGCCAUAUAUUUCCUGUUUGCAUGUUAGUAUUGAGCUUGUGUCUUGUUCUUGUUUACAUAUUGUACAUAAUGAUAAAUGGACGUGUCACGUGUGAAGAAAAAAAUAAAAAAAAUGUCUUGUA